AUGUCGCAAGGAACAUCGACAGUCCAUGUAUCCUGCUACUGCGGCAAGUACGUCGCAAAUGUCAUUGUCAAUGCAGAUUCUACGAUCCAGAAGAUCCCGUGUCAUUGCACCAGCUGUCGCCGCUGGACAGGUGGGCUGUAUGUGUAUCGCUUACCAACUACCCAAGAGCCCCUUGGAAUACAGCGCCUCACAGAGUACCGAGUUACCCCGCUGUCAACCAAGUACUUCUGCCCGGACUGCGGCUCACACAUAUUCGGGAAGACUGGGCAGAAGUGGGGCGUCAGUCCUGGGGUGGUAGACGGCGAGGAGCUUCAACCAUCGGUAGAGAUCGUCGGGCAUGAGUUUGUAGAAGACACAGGGGACGGAGGGUUCACAUCCUGGCUGACGCACUGGGGAGGGAAGGAGCUGCCGAGAUGGAAGGGCGAAGCGCACGAGAGCGAGCUGCUCCCGCCGGAGUGGCCAAGCGCAGACGACAAUCAAAGGAACCAGGACACCGAGGACGACAAGCUUUGGGCCGGGUGCCAUUGCGGCGGAGUGGCGUUCUACAUCACGCACCCGAAUGAAGCUUCGAGGCAGCCACGACGUGCGCCCUUCCCAGAGUUGAUGGUACCCGGGGACAAGGCCGAAAAUCCGGAGGGCCAAACGUGGUGGCUACAAGCCGGCGGGACGAAGUACCUCGCGGGACUGUGUACAUGCCGGAGUUGCUGCAAGGCUACGGGGUUCGAUAUACAGGCGUGGGCGUUUGUCCCGGAAUGCAACGUCUUCCAGCCAAAUGGAGAGCCGUUGGAUGUUAAUGCUGGCACCUUGAAGAAGCGGUACAGCGAGAAGAUAGAUGGAGCGUACCGAUGCUUUUGUGGUACUUGCGGCGCGACCGUAUUCUGGGGGUCGGAUAACAGAGAUGGAGUAGUGGAUAUCAGCGUGGGUCUGUUCAAGGGGAAGGGUGCCAGAGUUGAAGACUGGCUGGUGUUUGGCAAGAGAGUUAGCUAUGUUCAGGAGGCAACAAAUAAGAAAUUGGUGCAGGAGUUGGGAAGGCACUUUACCAUCACUGGAUGGCCGAAGGCCUAA